AUGAACGGCCUGAAGAUAAUUCAGGUCAACUUAAACAAACAAAUGAUCGCCUCCGAACAACUGAGGGACAUAUGUUUGAAAGAUAAGGUUGACAUCAUACUCGUCCAAGACCCACUUAUAAUUAAUGGCUACGUGACUUGCUUCGAGGGCUGUCGACAGAUUCUGUCCGAUGACAAUCCCGAAGCUGCCAUAAUUAUAACAAAUAAUAAAAUCAAAGCAAUAAAAAUGGGACAAUUUACAACUCGUUAUAUUGUGGUUGCCAGAAUUGGCAUCGGCCUCAGUAAAGACGACGUUGUGAUAGUAUCAGCUUACUUUAGGUAUAACAAGCCCACAACAAUGUUCACAGAACUACUGACCAAUAUCAGUUUGGCAAAUAGACGCCUAUUGAUUGGUGCUGAUUGCAACGGCCAUUCCAUAAGAUGGCACAAUGACUCCACCAAUGCAAGGGGAAAGAUAGUUGAGGAACUGGUCGAUGAUCAGGAUCUCCGCAUAAUAAAUACCCCUCAAGAUCUAAAGACUUAUAAAAGGCACGGAAUGGGUGAGUCCAACAUUGACAUUACACUGGCCAGUACCUCGAUCAACAGAUCAGUAAGAGGCUGGACCGUGACCGACCGGACAGACAGUGACCACAGGACACUGGAAUUCACUUUAAACCUCAAAAGUCCUAAAAGGAAAAUUGAAAACCCAGGUACAAGGUUUAAUACAGACAAAGCGGACUGGGACAAAUUUAGACUCACGCUCUUGGGUCUAAAGACGAAUAUCCACGGCGAUUCUGUUGACGAAAUCGCAUGCAGCCUAACAGAGGCUAUUGUCCAAGCAGCAAAGCUAUCCAUGCCAACGCGUGGAGGGGCUAAAACUGGUAUAACAACACCAUCGUGGUGGACGGAUGAACUCACUAAGUCAAAAAAAUCACUUCAGAGAAUCAGGCGAGAGGGCCUCCCUGAUACAAACAGGCAGGCAUAUCAGCACCAAAGAAACCAACAUCUGCAUAAAAUCAGACUCGCCAAGAUGAGUUCUUGGCGCGAGUUUAGCGCAGACAUGAAUACUAACUGUUGGGGCAAAGCCUUCAGAUGGGCUAAGAGUGGCUCACGGAAGAAUCCGAUGCCCACCACGGUUAAAACCAGUGCCGGGACUUAUACCACCGACAUUAAAGACACCUUAGAUACGUUUCUCGAGGCCUAUUUGCCCGAGGAUCGGAAUAUGCCAAGUUUUAUGCCUUAUGACCACCAGGCAGAUGACACACCUCCUGACAGUACAACUGCACAAGAGGUAAAAGAAGCCAUUUGGAAAAUGAAACCAAGUAGAGCACCAGGUCUGGAUGGCAUAACCGCCAAGAUGCUUAGAAUUGCAUGGCCAGUCAUCUCAGACUCCAUAACGGAUCUAUAUGAGAAAUGUCUAAAAAUUGCAAGAUUUCCCAACUGUUGGAAGAUCGCCAAGUUGGUGAUCAUUCCAAAAGGAAAAGGAAAGAACCCACUUCUUACGGGGUCGUACAGACCAAUUAGUCUGCUACCAACUCUCGGUAAGGCAUUGGAGUCUCUAAUAACAUCAAGACUAGAAAAAGAAACCGGACUAAACGAAAUAGGCCAACAACACGGGUACGUCACCGGAAGAUCAACCGAGACAGCCGUUAAAGCAUUAUAUGACUGGACAGAUCAGUGUCCUAACAGGAUAAUAGUUGGUGCCUUCCUGGAUAUUACUGGCGCAUUUGACUACGUCAGAUGGUCACCAAUAUUCGAACGAUUAAAAAUCCUCAGGAUUAGUAAAAGAACGCUUGCACUACUUGAGAACUAUCUCACGAACAGAUCAGCGACACUCAUGUCUGACAAAGAGACCAGAACAAGGCAAAUGACACGCGGCUGCCCACAGGGGUCGAGACUAGGACCGACACUCUGGAAGGUAGCGAUGUCGGAUGCAUUCGAGCCUAUAGGACACCAAUCACACAUGAUUGCGUAUGCAGACGAUAUAGCACUCGCAGUCGGGGCUGCAAGAUUAGACACAGUCAAGAAAAGACUUAGUCAAUACUUUGACCAACUCACAAACUGGUCAAAUAAAUUCGGCUUAAAAUUCUCAAUGGCAAAGAGCCAAAUUAUGACACUGAAAGGCGGGGUCAAACCCACCUAUACGGUGCCAUUUGGCUCAAACGCAGAUGCCAUACAGAUUAAAGCUACAAAGACAGUAAAAUACCUUGGAGUCAUCAUAGAUCCGAGAAGAUCAUUUAGAGAUCACGUCGAAGACAUCUCAGAUAAGUCAAAAGAAAUGUUCUUACGCCUACGCUCCAUGACAUCAGCUAACUGGGGAGUAGAACAAAGCACGUCACUGAUAAUUUACAAAUCGGUGUUCUUGCCCAGAAUAACAUACGCCGCCUCCAUAUGGCAAAAAGCACUAGAGCUCAAAUGCUCAAUAAAGACCCUAGGAAGCAUUCAAAGAGAUGCCUUACGAGCAAUAACGGGCGCAUACAGGACAACGUCAACAGCUGCACUUCAAGUCAUAUCAGGGCAACUACCUCUGGACUUAGAAGUGAAACGCUUUAUUCUUAGAAGAUCCUUAAAGACAAAUGAUAUCACAUAUCAAGAAUAUGAACGGCACUUGCAUGAUCUGUUAGAGGUCUGGCAAGAAAGAUGGAAUACAGUGGAUAAAGGAGAGUGGACAUUCCAACUCAUCCCGGACGUAAGAAUCCGGUAUGGAUUGCCCCUUACUAUGGAUCAUUAUACGAGCCAAAUGCUCACUGGACACGGAGACUUUCGAGGAAAGCUCCAUUCGUUCAACAAAGCACCGGCUCCAGGAUGUGCCUGUGGUAAUGGCAGUGAAACAGUCAAACAUGUUCUCCUAGCCUGCCCAAGAACAAAAAUCCAAAGACAAAAUCUGAAAAGAAAACUUCAACAAGAACAAUGUCCUUGGCCACCAUAUGACGGGGCCAUACUUACAAAUAAGACAACAUACGAAGCCUUCCGAACAUUUGCUCGGGAGAGCCUCAAGCAAAGAACAGAUCGAUGA